GCUCUGUUUUUUGACAACCCUUUUCAAGCUACUCUGCUACAUUUCAUUUUUUUUUUUUAAUAUAACAUGGAAUUUUUAAUUUUUAAUUUUUUUUUAUGCCUCUGUAGGGUUGUGAAAUUUGUGAGAAUUUUGAUGUUGGAUUUAAUGGGAAUCCGGAUUUUUAAUAUAUGAUCUAAAUUAACAAAAUCAAAGUCAUGGGAGAAACAUGGUACACAUUGCUUUAAUCUUCUUGAAAAAUUAGGUGACAAUGAAUCAGAGUAGUUGAAGGUGCUUUUAUUUUUGUUCUUGGUAAGUUGUAGGAGGAAUUCAGUGGCCAUGUUUCAACAAUGACACUUUGAGUGAAGCCUUGCACUAAGCUGUGUAUAUAGAGAAGUUCCAGAAUGGGAUUCUUCAGUUUGUUCGUCGUGGCAUUGAUGCCGGUCCUGGAAACACUGUUGAUCACUGCUGUCGGCUUAUUACUUGCACUGGAACGUUUGAACGUCUUGGGGCCAGUUGUAAGGCAUAAUUUGAACAAUCUUGUAUUCUAUGUGUUCACUCCUGCACUUGUGGCUGGCAACCUGGCUGAUACAAUUACAGCCAGCAGCAUAGUUUCUUUGUGGUUCAUGCCAGUCAAUAUCCUUCUCACAUUCAUUAUUGGUUCAGUGCUCGGAUGGAUUCUUGUAAAAAUCACCAAAACUCCUCCACAUCUACACGGCCUUGUCAUCAGUUGCUGCGCUGCAGGAAAUUUGGGGAACUUGCUUCUCAUCAUCAUCCCAGCAGUCUGCGACGAGGCAAAUAGUCCAUUUGGAGAUUCAUCCACAUGCUCUACAGAUGGAGAGGCUUAUGCAUCCCUCUCUAUGGCGAUAGGAGCUGUUUAUAUAUGGUCUUACAUAUAUAAUAUUAUACGAGCAUAUGGAAGUAAGAGCAACACAGACACUGAUAUAAAUGACCCAACGAAUAGCAUUAAGUCUUCUGUUGGAACCUCAGAAGUCUCAGAGAGCAACACUGAAGCAUUACUUUCAAAGGAUUCCCCAAGGUCCGAGGACUAUGAAGCUCAAGCUGAACUAAUGCAUAUUGGAUCCGAGGACAAAGUUUCAAUUUUCAAGAAGAUUAAGGACAACAUUAAAAUUUUUGCUGAAAAGAUCAACUGGAAGAUGAUCCUUGCACCCUCUACCAUUGCAACGAUUGUUGGGCUUUUUGUCGGUGUAGUCUCUCCAAUACGAAAGAUAAUGAUUGGCGAUAGUGCUCCACUUCGUGUGAUUGAAAGUUCUGCAUCUUUUCUGGGGGAGGCAGCAGUUCCAUCCAUGACACUUAUAGUAGGAGCAAACCUUCUUAAGGGUCUAAAGAAAUCAGCAGUAAGCUACUGGGUAGUUAUAGGCGUUCAAGUAGUCCGGUAUAUCGCCCUGCCUUUGUUAGGCAUUGUUGUUGUUAAAGCAGCAAGUCAUUUCGGCCUGGUGGGAUCAGAUUCUUUGUAUCAGUUCGUGCUUCUGCUUCAAUAUGCACUUCCAUCUGCAAUGACCAUAGGUACAAUAACGCAGUUGUUUGAGGUUGGUGAGAGUGAAUGCUCUGUAAUUAUGCUGUGGAAUUACGCCGUGGCGGCGAUCUUCCUCACUCUCUGGUCAACCUACUACAUGUGGAUUGUGUCUUGAAUUUUCACAUUCUUGCAUUUUAGUUUUUGACAAUUGGCGUUUUCAUCAAAUUCAUUUACAAUGUGUGCUUGUUGAGAGUUGUGUUCCUGUUUUGUUUUUGUUGGCGGCAAAGGGGCUUUAAAGAUUGUAAUAUUGAUAUAUAGAAAUAUACUAUAUUGAAUGUGAAAAAACAAA